AUGGUAUAUAUCGCUUCAACGAAUACAAAUGACAGCGAAAAAGGACCAAAAAUUUUUGGAGUUCGUAAGCAUCACAAACCAGUUGAGAUAGUUGGCAACAGAGAAACAUAUCUUACUGUUUUUGGCAGAAAUCUUCCUUCAAAUGGUUAUUUUCUAUCAACAACAGAUCGCUGCGAGGACUCCAGAAGAAUGGAUAUUUUCGACAAAAAGGUUAUACUACUGGCAACGGAUGCAGUUUUUGAAAAUGCAGUCCGUCUGCAUGUACCCGACGGCAUUCCCUUAUCAGAAAAAUACCCGAGUUUUCAAAUUUGUCAUGAUAAUGCAACUUCUAUGGACAGAAUGGAUGACAUAUGGGCGCAGCUCUACCGAAACACACUUAAGAAGCUCUUUAUGUACAGCGCUGUGUUAUACCAUCACGAAAAUGUCCACACAAAAGUUGUGAUGCUUCAAGUGACUGCAAAACAAACUGAACUACCUAUAACGACAUGGGCCAUAGUACUCAUCUGCACCGUUACUCUUAUCAUUUCGGGCUAUUGUUCGGGCACCAAUUUUGCUUACAUGAGAAUGAGCAUUAAUGAUAUGGCAUUGAUAAUGGAAAAUGGUCAAGAACCUCAUAAGACACACGCUCGAAAAAUAUUCAAGUAUCGCAAACAGUCAAACUGGCUUAUUUGCACAAUGGCAGCCAUGAACAUACUUGUGAAUACAAUUUUCACACUUGGAAUCAGUUGGCUUGUUGAACCUACUGCAUACGGUGACAUAUUGAAAUUUGUUAUCCCAACGAUUAUGAUUGUCAUGUUAGGAGAAAUUGUACCGCAGUCAAUCUGUAAUCGCUUUGGUCUUGAAAUAGCAGCAUCAACAAGACACAUAACACUUCUUCUAUUCAUUAUUUGCGCUCCCGUGGCCUACCCACUCAGUAGAAUUAUCGACUAUGUUCUCGGCAGGGAAGUCCGUGAGAUUUAUUCUGAAGAGAAACUGGAAGCAUUGAUCAAAGUACAAUCAAAGCAGAUGGAAGAAGCGGCACAAGGAGACAUUCUUGCCAGAAUAGCAGACUUUCCUAAAAAGAAGGUAGAGGAAAUGAUGACACCGAUAGAAGACGCUUUUAUACUGAGCAGCAGUGACACACUGGAUCAAAAGCUCCUGGCAGCCAUUUUGGAGAAGGGCUAUACAAGAAUUCCUGUAUAUGAAGAAAGAAACAAGGCAAAUAUUAGCACCGUGCUGAACGUGAAGGAUCUUGCCACUUCAACGAUAGAUCGAAAUUGGAAGGUCAAAGAUGUAAUCAGCCAAUGCGAUGAUGCUCGCACACAGAUGCGAUUUGUCUUGGCUUCGCAAAAAGGAGAAGCAGUCAUGCAGGAAAUGAUGAAAGGGGAGCACCACCUUUGUGGAGUGAUACGGUUUGCUUAUGGUCGGUACAAAAUUGUUGGUAUCAUCACCUUUGAGGAUGUGAUCGAAGAAGUUUUUGGAGAGAUAGAGGAUGACUCCGAUAAGUUGUGGAACAGUCGCCGCGCAGGAAUUCAUAAAGAUCAGCAAACUCUUGAUUGGUUUCGUGAGACAGAAGAAGAAAGAGGUCCAGCUCUUCCCGUAAAUGCAAUGCUGAAACUCAUACAGACUAUAUUUGCUGUAUGUCCGUUAUUCGCUUCACUUGGGUACGAUAUUUGGAAGAUGAAAGGUUUGUUAGAUGUCAAAAAGUUGAAGUUCGCAGACGAAGAUGAUAUAAUAAAAAUCAAAGAUAGUCAAAGGAUGGUCAUUUUCUAUAGUGGCACGAUAUCCGUACACAGCGGAAAAGUCGCAAUGUACAGACUUGAUGCCAACCGUGCCGAUUUUCGGCCAUACAUAUGGGGAAAGUCGAUAGUGAAACAUUUGUUUAAGAAACGUUUGCACUCACUGUCGUGCUUGGGAGAGCCACUGGGACAUAGGACAUAUGCAGCUUCUCCAGAAAUAAGGUGUUUGAGCAAAGUUGCUUACUAUGAGAUUACAACUAAUGAUAUUAUAGAAGGACUUCGUGAACCAGAUGAUGUUGGCUACGGUUAUUAUAGACAAUAUAAUACAACGAACAGUGAGAGCCGCAAAGAACUAAACAUCAUCAUACCGAAAAUGGAAGCAGAAAGUACUCAGCUUUCGUACUCACACAACAUCACCCCGAAACAGAGCAUGGAUAGAGUAACUAGCGUAGUAACUAACAAGUUCGUCAAACCAUCCGAACUUCGCAGCCGUAUAGAACGUUUACAGAAGGACGUCGGUGCUAGUCCUCAAGUAUCAGUGAUAGUAACUCCAGAAAAGCCUGAUAUAACAACUGCAAGAGAGCUAGUUGUACGACCCGGACCACCGUUGAAAAGUAUGGCUUCUACGCCUACACAAAAAUCAAAACAGCAAGACGGUGGUAAAUCAUCGUCCGGAAGAGUAGCUACGAAGGGUACAAAGCAUUAUGAAAGGCAACCUCUAAACACUGGUAAAAAAGCCAAGACUCCCACUAAAGCCAAAGAGGAUCAACAACCAAAUUCGAACGAAAAUGCAAACUAUGGCAAGAAAUUGAAACUAACCAGAAGAAAAAAGUUUUUGGCACAAAAUGUAAGAAGAAGACAUUAUUGA